UGUCAUAUUUUGAAAAGUGCGUCGCCCGCCGGUUUUGUUGUGUUUUGUAUUUCUUUCUUUGAGAUUUAAUCAUAAAGCACUAACAAAACUUUAUAUAAAGUGCAUAAUUCAUUAUUAUUUAGGAUAGCAUCGCAGUGUGUGGUACAUGUAGUCGUCACAAUUCAAUAAUUUUUAUAGACAUAACCUAUACAUUGAAACCAUGGCUGAUGAAGAUUUUAGCAAACUCUUGCAACAAGCAGAGCAGUUGACUACUGAAAUAGAAGGCAAUGAAGAACUUCCUAGGGUUGAGCGAUCCCUUGGUCAGGUCCUCGAGGCUUCACAAGAACUGUAUUCAAGAGUCAUUCAGUCUGGCGGCAAUGACAUUCAGGCGCAUCUGUUGUUUGGGGCAAAAGGGAUAGACUUACAACAAAUAUCUCAGAAGCUUGAAACAUUGAGCUCCAAACGCACAUUUGAACCUCUACAGCCGAUCGCCGAUUCCGAUAUCGAAAGUUUUUUGCGUAAUGAAAGAGAAAAUGCCAUUAUUUCACUUAUUGAUGAAGUCAACAAAAAUUCAUUGCAAACAACUGAAGAUCAAAAAUGGGAACACAUGAUGUCAGAAUGGAACAGGGAGAAGAUUAAGCUCAUGAAUGCGAUGAUUGGUCCCUCUCAAAACUGGUUAGAUUUGAAGCGUGCUCCUGAGCCUCCAAGCAUUGCUGACACUCCCAAGAAGUUUGGGCAUUCCAUGUUGGACAACAUUGAGGCUGCAUAUGCUCGGCAAGUGCACCAGUACAACAAGCUUGUGUUCCAAGGGUCCAAGUCAAGAACAGCGCUUCACCAGAAGUUUGCACAGGUGGCAGAAGAGUUUAAUGAUCCAAAAGUGCUUGAAAUGUGGGAGGUCAUAAAGACAAUGGCUAACAUUCCUGCUUUGGUCAGAGAUGAGGAUCCCCUGAAGGCAAGGGGCAACUCUGCAAUACAGCAGUGUUUGAUAGGACAAGGGAAGAAGUAUUUGGAAAAGAGGUAUAAACAGUACAUGAGCGAUGUGGUCCGCUCUAACCCGGCUGCGGCAAUGCGCGGCGGCGAACCAGGCACGUACCCACUUGUUCGCGGGUUCGUAGGCCUCCGCCUGCAGGGACAGAACGUCCAGGGGCUCACCGACGGCGUUAUCGAUGAGCGACCGCUCUGGCCCAUGAUCUACUAUUGUCUGAGAAGCGGAGAUGCCAAUGCAGCUCUUCAUUGCUUGAGGAAAGCUGGACGUGAUCAUGAAGAGUUUGUAGCAGCUUUAGAAGAGCACAUAAGAAGCCCAGAGAAACCUCUCAGUGAUAAACUACAGACUGCUAUUAAUUUCCAGUACAGGAUUCAAGUGCGCAACUCUACAGAUCCUUAUAAAAGAGCUGUAUACUGUGUCGUAGGCUGUUGCGACGUCACCGACGAACAUUCUGAAGUGGCGCGCACCGCCGAUGACUACCUCUGGCUAAAGUUGUCCAUUAUCAAAUCACGACCCAACAAUGAUUCGGAAUUUUUCUCGUACUCAGACCUUCAAAAACUGAUUUUAGAAGAAUAUGGUGAAACACACUACCAUGCUUAUGAAAAACCAUUAGUAUACUUCCAAGUGCUGGCCCUGACUGGGCAAUUUGAACCAGCUAUAGAAUUCUUAUCCAGAAUACCAAGAUAUCAAGUGCAUGGUGUCCACAUGGCUUUAGCCCUUCACGAUGUAUAUUUGUUGGGCACGCCGCGUAACGUUCAAGCGCCAUUACUGUCGGUGGACACAGAUGAUCCAACGCCGCUGCGGCGCCUCAAUCUCGCAAGACUGCUGCUCCUGUACGUCAGAAAAUUCGAACUCACAGACCCAUCAGAUGCCUUACAUUACUACUUCUUUUUAAGAAACCUCAAAGAUCCAAGCGGCAAGAACCUCUUCAUGUGCUGCUGCACCGACCUCGCGCUGGAGAGCCGCGACUACGAGCUGCUGUUCGGCCGCAUGGAUGCGCUGGCCGGCCUGCGUGGCCAAGGCCUGCUGGACCAGUUCAACAACCCGCAUAUCGACAGCAAGGUCAUAGCAUUGAAUGUUGCUGAACAACUCGUGAACAAAGGACUGUUUGAAGAUGCUAUCACAAUGUAUGACAUUGCAGGGAACUUGGAGAAGGUUCUCGAGCUAUUCUGCGUUCUGCUAGCUCAAGUAGUGAACAGCGGCGGCGGCGGCUCCGGCUCCGGCCUUCGGCAGCGCCUGGGUCCGCUCGCCGAGCACGUGUCGGCGCGCCUACGUUCCGCCGACGCGGCCGCGCUGCCCGCCGCGCUUGUGGAAGCGUAUACUAAGCUGUGCAAGCUGAUGACCUUCUUUGACCGCUUUCAUGCUGAGAACUAUGAUUCGGCUUUGGAGAUCCUGCGCGAAUGCGAGCUGGUGCCCCUAAGCAGCGACGAGCUGGAAGCGCGCGUGAGCGGCGCGCGGCAGGCACGAGGCGAACUCCUGCGCAGCCUGCCCGCUGUAUUGCGCGCGCUGUGUACCAUAUUGCUGGCGCAGCGACAGAAGCUACGCGCCGCCCGUCCGCCGCACCACGCCACCAACAAGCAGGUAGAGUGGCUACGUGAACAAGCAGAAGUCCUCAACACAUUUGCUGGAAAUAUUGCAUACAGAAUGCCUGGAGAUACCUACAGUCAACUAGCUCAGAUGCAAAUCCUAAUGCAUUAAUUGUAAUUUGUAACUUUUAA